GUUUCUAUUAGUAACUCGUUGUCGGCAUCGAGGACCUCUUUCACGUCUCCUUGUUUAUGCGUCUCAAGCAGCUAGGAGAAUGGGGAUAAAAAAAACAUUUAGCUUCGCCCGUCUCGUCUCUCACAACACCCAGCAACGAAGAGGGUCACACGGGGAGAACAUAAAAAAACGUUCCCUUUAGCCUUCCUGUCACUUCCUUUGUCCUAAGGAAUAAGGAGUUACCUUAUCAAGUGACUACGGGCUAGCUCGGUCCUCUUCUUCCCAGGCUCGCCGGCUCGCCUCGGCACCCGCAUCCGUACGGAGCGUCACCGCGGUCAGGCACCGGUGUAGCAAACCCCCUCCUCCGUCACCACACCCGCCGCGGCCGAUUAGGAGGACGAAAACACCGCGCGGAUAUGGAAUGGUGCAUGCCGCUAGGCCAAGUGUGCUACCGUUGAAUACAAGCGGAAUCAUGGACACGCAUCCACCGUGCACAAGACUUUGUCCACAUGCUCUGAACAAAGAGGAUGGUGUGGAGAGACAAAGUGCGGUCACUCUCAACCCUCGACACAUGAGGAAAGCUUUCAAAGUCAUGAAUGAAAUGCGCAGUCAAAGCUUGUUGUGUGACGUCACCAUCGUAGCGGAGGACGUGGAGAUCUCCGCUCACCGUGUGGUGCUCGCCGCCGGCAGUCCGUACUUCCACGCCAUGUUCACAGGGGAGAUGGCCGAGAGCCGAGCCAAACGCGUGAGAAUCAAGGAGAUGGACGGGUGGACUCUGGGACUCCUGGUGGACUACAUCUACACUGCUGAGAUAAAAGUCACAGAGGAGAAUGUGCAGGCUCUGCUGCCGGCCGCCGGUCUGCUGCAGCUGAACGAGGUGAAGAAGUCGUGCUGCGACUUCCUGAGCUCUCAGCUGCACCCGUCCAACUGCUUGGGCAUCCGAGCCUUCGCUGACCUGCAUGCCUGCUUGCAACUACUCACGCAGGCCAACUGCUACGCAGAGCAACACUUUACCGAGGUGGUCGCCAGCGAGGAGUUCCUCAAUCUGGGCAUGGAGCAAGUUUCAAGCCUCAUCGCCAGUGACAAACUCACCAUUCCCACCGAGGAGAAGGUCUUUGAAUCGGUCAUCGCGUGGGUCAACCACGACAAAGAUGUGCGACAGGAGCACUUGGCUCACCUCAUGGAGCACGUGCGCCUGCCCCUGCUCACCAGAGAAUACCUGGUGCAGCGCGUGGAGGAGGAGUCCCUUAUCAAGAACAGCAGCGCAUGUAAGGACUACUUGAUCGAAGCCAUGAAGUACCACCUGCUGCCCGCUGACCAGCGAGCACUCAUGAAGACGGCACGUACGCGCAUGCGGACCCCCGCCUGCUGCCCGAAGGUGAUGGUGGUGGUCGGCGGCCAGGCGCCCAAGGCCAUCCGCAGUGUUGAAUGUUACGACUUUGAGGAGCAGCGUUGGUACCAGGUGGCAGAGUUGCCCACCCGCCGGUGCAGAGCGGGCGUGGUGUACGUGGGCACAUGCGUGUACGCCGUGGGGGGCUUCAAUGGUUCCCUGCGCGUGCGUACGGUGGAUUGUUAUGACCCCGCGAUGGACCGCUGGACCAGUGUCAGCAGCAUGCAAGACCGUCGAUCCACGCUCGGGGCCGCCAUGCUCAAUGGACUUUUGUACGCCGUCGGGGGCUUCGAUGGAAGCACGGGUUUGUCCACCGUUGAGGCGUACAACGCCAAGACGGAUGAGUGGUUCCACGUGUUGCCCAUGAGCACACGACGAAGCAGCGUGGGAGUGGGUGUUGUUAACGGUAUCCUGUAUGCCGUCGGUGGUUACGACGGCGCCACUAGACAGUGUCUGAGCACUGUGGAAGCCUACAACCCCAAAAGCAACACGUGGAGUUACAUCGCUGAAAUGGGCACGCGACGCAGUGGCGCCGGCGUGGGCGUGCUGAAAGGUUUGCUGUACGCCGUGGGCGGUCAUGACGGUCCUUUGGUGAGGAAGAGCUGUGAAGUGUUCGACCCGGCCUCCAACAGCUGGCGACAGGUGGCCGAUAUGAACAUGUGUCGUCGUAACGCAGGUGUGUGCACCAUCAACAACUUGCUAUAUGUGGUGGGCGGUGACGAUGGCAGCUGCAAUUUGGCCUCGGUGGAAUUCUACAACCCCAACUCGGACAAAUGGACGCUGGUGCCCAGCUGCAUGAGCACGGGACGCAGUUAUGCAGGUGUGACGGUGAUCGACAAGCCCUUAUGACUGCUGGCGCCGCCUGCCGCUGAUUAGAAGCAGAAGUUGCAUCCUGCCGAGUUCUCACGUGGGGAUCUGUCGUUGUCUCCCGUGACGUUUGCACGUUGGUCACUCGCGUCGACAAGUUGCGAGACGGAGGCCACGGCGACGAAGGUGAUGAUGUUGGCGACCGGAAAGAUUAUUUGUAAUUUUUUUGCACUUAACGUGAGUGCGGGGAGGGUUUGAGACUGUGUUUUGAUCCUGUCGAGGGCAAAUGGGCCCAGCCAGGCCACCGCAGGGUGGCGGCGGGCUGGGCGGCCAGACACAGCCGCCAAAUGACUACUGACAUGAAGCUACUAAACGUGCUAAUCAUUUACUAGGAAGGGGAGCUUGCUGCUCUCGAAGUGGGACUAUGAAAAUCUUCUCAUCGCUGGAGUGUUUUGUGCGCUUGCCCGCAAAGGUUCGCCGUUGCUCGUGAGCCCUAUUUGCGUGCGUCCAUGCGUUUGUUUGUGUGCAUUUUAAGUGGACGGCUGCAUGAAUGCACUGUGCGUGGCCGCUUAUCUUUUUGGAGAGCGUUACAGCGCGCCUGAAUGUUAAAACGGUUGGCUGCUUCGUCCUUCCUUUUCGUGAUGCCUUUUGCGCCCUUUGUGGACAUAGUGGCGGAAUAGAGUAGUUUGAUGUUGUUUCUACAGAGGAACAUUUUUUGGUGCACCCAACAGAAAAUCGGAGUCCCCCCUGCCUCAAAACAGGAGUUUUUCUCGUAAAAUUGUGCUUUCUUUUUUUUCCCACCAGAAAUCGUAAUUGAAAAAAGCAGUUCUUCUUUAUGCUUCUUUUUAUUCUCAAAUAGACAACUUUUUCAGAAAUAUGACUUUUUUUUCCUCCCCAAAUUUUACUUCAGAAAAAGUUUACUGCUGAAAAAUGCCAAAACAUAACAUUUUUUAGUGGAAAAUGACUCUCAAAGUUUGAUCCUAUUCUUGAAAAUUUGACCUUUCAAGUAAAAUGUUUUUUUUCCUGGAAGAAAUAACCGCUGCAGUUUUUUGGGGUCAAGAUGAUUUUUUUUAAAUUAAAUACGGCAUUUUUUUCCUUGAGUUUUUAUCAAUUACAAUAAAACCACCCCCCUCAAAACUAAAUGUUCCAUUGCAAAAAUAUAUACCAGUAUAUUUUUUCAACUUUUACUUUUUUCCUUGGGGGGGGGGGAUCUAAGAUCUUUUUUUUUCACAGAUUGUGACACCGCUCGCCCCCAAAAUUAACAGAAAUUAUUUCACAUUUUCUCAAAUUUUUUAAUGCAUUUUCCCCAAAUAAGAACUCUAGUGUUCACCUGAGUUCUUAUUUCCUUUUAAGAAAUAACACUAUAUGCCUCUUUAAAAACGUUUUUCUAAAAAAAGAAAGAAAUAAAAAUCCCCCACAACCCUUUGCCUAAAAAUCCAACUUUUUUGUUGUUGUAUAACAAAAAAGGCUUUAAGGCUUUUUUUCUGUUAAAAAAAAAUUGAAGAAGAGAAGCUUUAGCAAUGAGGAUUGCCAAACUCAUGCGGGCCUGAACAGCGGUGCUAGCUAGCUAGCUAGCUGCUGGUUUGAGUAAGACCUACAGUAUUGCAUGUGCUUUACUGUUGCCGGCAGUCAUGUUUACUCACUGCAUGCGCGCCCCCUGAGGUCAACUGCCCUAAGGACUAACCCAGUAAACUGACGUAUGAUGAAUGUGCCAAUUUUACAGCAUCUUGACUAAUUCCAUAAAGUGACCAACCUCUGCCCCCACCCGACCCUUUUUACUGAUUUCUUUCUGAUUUACUGAUUGAAUUGCUUUCGCUGCUUUUUUUUUUUUUCUUCCCCUCCUGGUCAACUCUAUAACGAGGACUCUCGUUGUCGGCUUAAUAACUUUGAAUAUGUUUGUCAUUACAUGUUUUGUAGAGCAUUAUUAAUAAAUCAUUUGCUUCUUGUAUUUACAUUGAAAAAGCUGUGAUAUUGCAUACAGUUAGCUGUUUUUAAAAAUCUUUGCCAACUCGGUAAACUAUUUAAAUGGA